AUGGCGACCAAGCAAUCAACCUCGAUGAAGCCGAUGAUGGAGAACAAUAGUGUCGCUGGUGGCCGACUAGGAUUUUUCCACAAGGGAACGGGAUUCUAUCGCGACGGCUUCUGCAGAACCGGCUCCGAAGAUUCAGGCAACCACUCCGUCGCAGCAACAGUUUCCAAAGGCUUUCUCGAUUUCUCAAACUCCAAAGGCAACAAUCUUGGAUCUCUUUCCGACGGACAAAAGUGGUGCCUAUGCGCAAGCAGAUGGCAGGAAGCGAUGAAGGCAGCUCAAGCAGGCAAGCUAGCCCACGAGGAUGUCCCAAAGGUUCACUUGCACGCUACACAUGAGAAGGCAUUGGACGUUGUGAGCUACAAAGAGUUGAAGCAGUACGCCGCGCAAGGAGAGGCGACAUCUCAGCAGGGAAGGCAGGAGGCGCAUCACAACCCGGAGUCGCAGGGAGGACUCGUGAAGGAGAGUAAGGAGAUUGGGAGUGCGCAGCCGAGUAUUGCGCCUGGUCAGGGGAGCCAUUGGAAUGGUGGAAGCAUGACCGAGUCGAGUGGAUCGAGAGGUUGA